AUGGGAAGACCAAAAAAUUCGAAGAAUAAGGUCAAGACUAAGACUUCAUCGUGGUCUUCCAAAAAACCUGAUAAGCAACAAGUUAAGGCUAAACCAAGUGAAAGGACAGAUGAAAAUUUUAGUGGCGAUAAUACUGAACAGUACAGUGGCUUUCCUGAACCCCACCGAUCGAACAAUGGGGGAAAUGGGGGUGUGGUUAAGAAAAGAAAAGUUGCACCAAGAUCGGGGUUACAGUUCAAAGUUGGCCCAUCAUUUGAAAACACAACGUUAUAUAGACCCAUAUUUAUAACUUCUACUAAUGAAAAUGUCUUCCCUUUUGUUAACGCCAGAAUCGAUAGAGGAUUUGAGAAUCAUGGUGGGGAAUGGAUCGGGUACAAGCGCAACUAUUUCACAUUAGUUAGCUGCUUUGAAUUCGAGGGAAUUAACCCUGAAACUUUCUUCAAUGAAAAGUUUCAUAUUAUUAACGAUCUUGGAGAGCUUGAAAAUAUCAGUUGUUUUGCUCUAAGAUUGGUUUCACGAUGUUCAGAGGAUGAAUCUGUUGUGAACCUCAUUCAGCACACAGCUAAGCGGGACAGGGGUCCACAAUACCUGCCUCCCGUUUUCCCAGCCAUUUCAGGAUAUCUACCAUCUCAUUCAAUUAUCAAGCAGGCUUCCAAUAUUCGUAAUGGGGACAAAAUUGAUCAAUACAAUCGGAUGUUCUAUCUCGAUAAUGCUACUCUACAAAAGUGCAUGGAUACAUCAAUUUUAAGUACAUACCCAGAGGGUAGAAUAGCCACUGUUGCAAGAUACGAACGUAUUCAAUUUUCUACAUCAAUAAACUAUCGAAAAUCUUCCAUGGUUAAUAGACACUUCAUUUUAAAAGUCGAGUUAUUGGGACUACUAGAUGAUGGUAAAUACGCAGUUUUAGCUAGUACAGAAACCCAACCACUAGUUGUAAGAGGCCGGUCCCCAUCAAAUUAUCAAAUGGCAAGAAGAAACUUGAAGGCGUUAAAUUCUAAUAAUCAAAGAGAACACGCCAGUGGUUCAAAUUCAAGCUCAUCAUCCAACGCAGACGAGUUGUCACUAGACGACAAAUCCAAAAAUAAGUCUAACAGAGAAAUAUCACUGAUAAAAACUAAAUACAAUCUUUUGGAGUUGCAGAAACCGUCCAAGAGAGGAAGAAAGAAAAAAGAGAAGCUUAAAGCAGAUAAUAUUGAAAAAUUACGUGCAUUAAGAACGUAUCAAAACCAAGGCGUAAAACAAGAAUUGUAUAAUUGGGAAGAUGAAUUUAUCGAUGACGAUCUAUUUCCUCCCAUCAUUCAAGCCAAACAAGAAUCUUUCGAUUCGAUAUUCGAUCUGUUCCCUUACCAGACAGAAUUCAAUUUGAACCUUGAGUCUGCCAAGACGCCCAAGAAGCCUAAAAAGUCAAAAUCUAAGAAAGCAAAAUCUUACGAAAAGGAAAUAGAAGUGCACCGAACUGGAAUGCCUAUGUCAGCAUGUAGAUCCCAAGGUACAGACAACUCAAGCUUCAAUCAAGUAGAGGAUGAUAGUUUUGUUGAAUUUCAAAAAGAAUUGUCUAUACUUCAAAAGGAAUUAAAAGUUGAAAAACCAGUUAGAAUACAUUGUUAG